AGAGGCGCUCAGAUAUACUGAGUGAGCCCGGAGAAGCAGUCUCAGAUCCUGACGGUGCAGCAGCCCGCAGCCUCAGCUAGGGAGUCCCAGCCGCUUUCAAUGGAGGAGAAGCCCGGCCAGUCACAGCCUCAGCACCAUAACAGCCACCACCAUCCGCACCAGCAGCAGCAGCAGCAGCAGCAACAGCAGCAGCAGCAGCAGCCGCACCAUCACCACCAUUAUUAUUACUACAAUCACAGCCACAACCACCAUCACCACCACCAUCACCAACAGCCUCAUCAGUAUCUGCAGCAUGGAGCCGAGGGCAGCCCUAAGGCCCAGCCAAAGCCGCUGAAACAUGAGCAGAAACACGCCCUCCAGCAGCACCAGGAAACGCCGAAGAAGAAAACAGGCUAUGGUGAACUAAAUGGUAAUGCUGGAGAAAGGGAAAUACCUUUAAAGAACCUGGGUUCUGAUGAAGCUACCAACCCUAUUUCCAGGGUUCUCAAUGGCAACCAACAAGUUUUAGACACUAAUUUGAAGCAGACUGUAAAGUCCAGCACCUUUGGAAAAGCAGGAAUUAAAACCAGGAAUUUUAUUCAGAAAAACAGUAUGGACAAAAAGAAUGGAAAGUCUUACGAAAAUAAAUCUGGAGAGAACCAGCCUGUAGAUAAGAGUGAUACUGUAGCAAUUCCAAAUGGUGUUGUAACAAAUAAUUCUAGCUAUAUUACUAAUGGUUACAUGGGCAAAGGAGCAGAUAAUGAUGGUAGUGGAUCUGAGAGCGGAUAUACCACUCCUAAAAAAAGGAAAGCUAGGCGCAAUAGUGCCAAGGGUUGUGAAAACCUUAAUUUAGUGCAGGACAAAAUAAUGCAACAGGAGACCAAUGUCCCAACCUUAAAACAGGGACUUGAAACUUUCAAGCCUGACUACAGUGAACAAAAGGGAAAUCGAGUAGAUGGUUCGAAGCCCAUUUGGAAGUACGAAACUGGGCCUGGAGGAACAAGUCGAGGAAAACUUGCUGUGGGUGAUAUACUGCGGAAAAGCUCUGAUGUUAAACCUGGCAUGAGCAGCAAAAAGUUUGAUGAUCGGCCCAAAGGAAAACACGCUUCUGCUGUUGCCUCCAAAGAGGACUCGUGGACCCUAUUUAAACCACCCCCAGUUUUUCCAGUGGACAAUAGCAGUGCUAAAAUAGUUCCUAAAAUAAGUUAUGCAAGCAAAGUUAAGGAAAACCUCAACAAAACUGUACAGAACUCUUCUGUGUCACCAUCUUCAUCUUCAUCCUCUUCAUCGUCAUCUACUGGGGAAACUCAGACCCAAUCUUCAAGUCGGGUAUCCCAGGUCCCUAUGUCAGCGCUGAAAUCUGUUACUUCGGCCACCUUUUCUAAUGGGCCUGUUUUAGCAGGGACUGAUGCAAGCGUGUAUUCUCCAGGGGGUCAGCCACUGCUAACUACUGCUGCUAAUACUCUGACACCCAUCUCUUCUGGGACUGAUUCGGUUCUCCAGGACAAGAGUCUGACUUCAGCAGCUGUUGAACAAAUUAAGUCUAGCCUUUUUAUCUACCCUUCAAAUAUGCAAACUGUGCUGUUGAGCACAGCACAAGUGGAUCUACCCUCUCAGACAGAUCAGCAAAACCUGGGGGAUAUCUUCCAGAAUCAGUGGGGUUUAUCAUUUAUAAAUGAACCCAGUGCUGGCCCUGAGACUGUUACUGGGAAGUCAUCAGAUCAUAAAGUAAUGGAGGUGACAUUUCAAGGGGAAUAUCCUGCCAGUUUGGUUUCACAGGGUGCUGAAAUAAUUCCCUCAGGAACUGAGCAUCCUGUGUUUCCCAAGGCUUAUGAGCUGGAAAAACGGACUAGUCCUCAAGUUCUGGGUAGCCUUCUAAAAUCUGGGACUACUAGUGAGAGUGGAGCCUUAUCCUUGGAACCUAGUCAUAUAGGUGACCUGCAAAAAGCAGACACCGGUAGUCAAGGUGCUUUAGUAUUUCUCUCAAAGGACUACGAGAUAGAAAAUCAAAAUCCUCUGGCCUCUCCUACGAACACUUUGUUGGCCUCCGCCAAAGAACAGAGAUACCAGAGAGGCCUAGAAAGGAAUGAUAGCUGGGGUUCUUUUGACCUGAGGGCUGCUAUUGUAUAUCACACUAAAGAAAUGGAAUCUGUUUGGAAUUUGCAGAAGCAAGAUCCCAAAAGGAUAAUCACUUACAAUGAAGCCAUGGAUAGUCCAGAUCAAUGAAGGACCAGACUGCCUCUUUGUAACCUUUCUGCAGCAUUAGAGCCACCGUUCAUGGGGGACACAAGGCUUUUAUGCUCCUAGAUCUUCAGCGCAGCAGAGGAAUCAUAAGUAGAAUCACAGGAUAAUAUAUACAAAUAUAUAUAUAUACAUAUAUAUAUAUAUAUAGUUAUUUAAAAAAGGCAACUGAAAGUAAUUAGACUUCUUAAGGAAUCAAAUUUAUUUCAAGAGACUAUACAUGGUUAUUUAAUCUCCGGUACUGAAUAGUUUUUUUGUUUUUUUGUUUUUCCUUUUUUCUUAUGUUAGUUUUUGUUUUUAAGUGUGAAUGCAAGUGAUUAAUGAAUACAGACUUGUUAACAAGCGUGGUUCUAAAGUUCCUGCUGUCAUCAACUUGGGCAACAAAUGACCCACUGGAAAGGCCAAUACACUUAAGAGAUCUCUGUAUCCUGUUCUGUGACUAAAGUGAUACACUAAUCACAGGGAACCCAGAAUGAUUCAACAUUUUCCCCCACUCUUCCCUUAAUCUUUUGGUUUUACUUUGAGCCCUGCGAGAAUGCUGGAUACAUGCCUUGAAGUUUGCAGGGGUGUAUUUUUUUAGCAAAUAUGAUUUGCAUGUCUUGCCACAAGUUAAGCAACCUCUGUGGGGUGUUGGGGAAAUAUUUUUUUUCCUUUUAUUUUUUUGUGGGGUGGGGCUAGGGGAGGGCAUUGAAGUUCUACAGUUCUGGAAUAGUUGGUGGUACAUAGUUCACUUGGCUUUGGAUUACAUAUUGGACUUUAACAAGUGAAAAAUCCAUGAGUGUCAUUUAAAGAAAAGUUGCAGAACGAACAAUUGGCUUUAGAUAUUUAAUAGGGAAAAAUACUCCUGUGCCCAUCUUUUGAUGUAAUUGUAUAAGUGGGAGCAAAAAUAUAUUCUGCUUUUCAACUGUAGGUGCUCCAGACUUGCUCUCUGUCACUAACACUAAACAUGCUGUUUUCCUUGUUUUUCAUCAAACAUCUAAAGAGAAACUUCUGUACCUUUUUGUAAAUUCUCUUUUAAUUUCAGAAAUAUCUAAAAGGGGAAGAAAAAUAUUCCAUGAAAGCUAUAAAACUUAAUGUUUUUAGCCAGUGAGAAGGUAAUAAACCUUGCCGAUAGAAAAUGUGUCUUCAUGCAAACUAUACUUCUGAGCUUAUUAGCUUCUAAUUAUAUCUUAAUAAAUAUAUUUUAUUACUAGAGCAGAAUGGGUUUUUUAAGGAAAAUAAUGUGAAAUUCUGGAAAUUUUCUUUUGGGCAGAGAAGAGCAUUAGCCCUGUCUUAUCAUCACAUUGCCAUCCUGUUGCACUGCAGCUUGUAUAUAGCAUGCUAAAAUAAGUUUUUGUGUGUGUGUGUGCAGAAACUAAGGGUCCAAUUUAAGGUUAGGUGAUGUUAGUGGCAUAAAAACAAGUUCUCUGGCCUGACUUAGCAUCACAUUACACACACAGAAAUUAGUAUAUCCAUGUAUGUCAAAUACAGGUUAAAAUAGCAGGGCAUUUCUAUAGAGGUAUAGUCUAAUAAAAAUAGACCAUAUCCCCUUUGCUUAAAAAAUGACCAGUUUUUAGCAAUUAUAAUAAGGAUGAGUUUCCUUGUUUUGCUGACUAUUUGAGACUUUUAACAAGUAGUUUCCAAAAGAAGCUGUUGGACUCAACAUAGAAUAAGUAUCUUUAUAGUCUGGAUAUCUGCCCUGCUUAGAUUUUAAAAGUAUAAGCAUGGAUUGCCAAUUCCACUUGAUGAUGUAAACGAAACUUUUUAUACAUUUUAUAUAUAUAUAUAUAUAUAUAUAUGUGUGUGUGUGUGUAUAUAUAUAUAUAUAUAUAAAUAUAAAAUAACUUAUUGUAUCAGUCCAGGUUCAGAAACUUGUGGUAGGCCAGUUCCAGAUAGUUUCAUUUCACCUGUAAACUGUAUCACUUUUACUGAUAUUGUAAUUUUCAAAUGUAUAAUAUGUUUACAGAUGUGCCCUGCAUUUAAUCUGCCUUGUUCCUAUUUUGAUUUUUGUUGAGUCUCCUGCCUGCUUGCCAAAAGCUAGGAUGCUUCGGGCCCAUGUACAAUCAAAAGCAGAAGCAUCCUUGAGCUUUAAAGCAUUGAACAAACUGGAAAAUGCAACAUACCACAUACUGAAGUGAAAGAAAUCUGUGUUUUUGUGUUUUUUUUUAAUAAAAAAUUUCAAAAAGAUUUUUUUAAAAAAAGGUAUAAGGUUGAUUAAAGGAAAAAAGGCUCCAGUUUGUUUUAUAGGUUUUAAAGUUCUGCUGUGUGUUCAAUUGCCUUGUGUAACCACUUGUCGCCUUAGGGCCAGAUUCCACCUCCCACCCCCCACUCUCAUGCCCCCUUCCUUUUUAUUUUAAAAUGUCCGUUUUGCUUGCCUAGAAUUUUAAAGCUCUUCUGUCUCACAACUCACAAGAAACUUUCUGGGUUUGUGACAUACAGAGGUUGAAUGAAUAUUGAUUUAAAAAGGAAAAAAAGAAACCACAGCCCCCAUCUGAAUUUGCGUUUCAGUCUAGAAGCAACACUUAAUAAAAUGUCUAGAAUAAGCUGUUAUUGCUUUCCUACUUUCCUUCCAUAUCCCUCAGGCCUCCAUGUUUAGAGAAGCCAAAAAGAGAAUGUAUCCCUUCUGUUUGUCCAAAGGUUUUUUGGGAGUCAUUUCUAAAUGAAACAAUGCAACAUUUCACUUGAUUUAUCCACUGAAAUUUCCUUGAUUAUAUGGCUAGAGGUAUAUAGUUAGAAAUGUCUCUUAACCUUCUGGGAACCCUAGAGCCCCAUCAUAUUAAACUGUCAGUAUUUUGGGGGCAUUGGGUUGAUAGACUUAAUUGCCUAGGUACAAGCAGGACUUUGGGACAAAUAUCCUUUGUGCUGUUUGGUAACACCUAACUCUCUACUUGUUGCAAUCUUUCUCCUUAGGUCCUCACACAAUUCCUUACAGAGCACUUAUUAAAAAAAAAUCUUAAGAGUUGAUCUGUUUUCUCAUUAUUUUUGUGUAAGCUUCUAAACAAACUUCAGCUGUGAUUAAUUUAGCACAUUUAAAUAACAUUAAUGUGUUUUACUGUUUGGUAUAAAGAUUUUCCUUCAACUCAGAGUAUUAGUACUGUAGCAUAAACCAAAUACAGUCUAGAGGGGAUUUUUAACAUCCCUCCAUUAUAAAGACUGAAAGGGGUGUGUGUGUGUACGUACGUACGUGUGCAUGUGCGUUGAGUGCUUGUGUGAGGGAAAGAGGGAGAUAUUAAAAAUUAGUAAACGAAUGUGUGUAAGACAUUAGUAUUCAGAGAUUGAACUUGUAUUUAUUUUGUGCCAUUUGUUUUCAUUACACAGAAUAAAGUCAGGUGGUUUUAAUCCUUAAAGGGGUAGUAUUUGAAAAUGGCACUAAGAAUGAAAUCAUGACCUAUUUUUUUAAUAGCUAUGAAGAUACUAAUUAUGGGUGAAGAUUUCUUUUAAAAUCUGUCUUGAUUGUAGACUUCUGUGUCACAUACCACUCUCUUGUAGAUGUCUUGAAUAAUUUCCCUUCCCCACAAAAGACAGGGUGUAUUUAUCUUUCUCUUUAUUCACCCCUACUUUACUGAACUGAAGUUAAUUGCAUAGCCUUUCCUGUUACCUCCCAGUAAUGAACUUCCACAAAAAGUGUAUUUUUUAGUAUCUGUAAUUAGCCCUUCCUCCUCUACCUUCUAGGAGGCAAUAGAAAAUAACUAGGAAUUUGUUAAUGCCAGUUAGUUUUUUUCUUGAAAUAAAUGGCUGGAAAGGUUCUCUCCAUUUUAGAAUUUUGUUAAGUUGCUUACCUAGUCAUCACUCAGAAUCUGCAAAAACCUUAUAAAGAAAAAAAAGUGCUGCAUUGUUUUUUCAAAUAAUGGUUUCUAGGGAAAAUAUGACAAACCUCAGUUACGAAUGUUGUCCACAAUAUAAAAUAUAUUAUUCACAAAACAUUACAAACGCAGCGGUAGUUUCAUACUUAGUCAUUAGGUUUAUUGCUAACCCAGUUGGAGGCAUUUAAUGGUUUUUAUCUUUGGCAGUAAACUUUUUUUUAACAAAGAAAAAGCCAUUUAGUUGUGAAGUUGAAUGUCUUGUACCAAAUGGCCACAGGCAAAGAAAUCUGUAAGAGGACUGCACUUGAUUUUUACAUUGUGCUAAAUAAGGAGUCAUUCUUUUCAUGGCUUUCUUCUUUAGAGAAAUAGAUAAAAGUUCAUUUCCAAGGAUUAUGAGUAUAGUUUUGCCACUGGACCAUAUUUUCAAAUAAUACAUGAUCCCUCUUGUAUCUAUGCUAACUGCAAAACACACUGUAGUGGGACAAGUACAUAUUUUGGACAAUAGUUUUUAUGAUGGGUCUGUGGACCCUGCAACAGUUGAGGUAGAAUGUGAUCAGGCAAUGUCUUAGUAAGUCCUAGGUAGUCCUGCUGAAUUUUAAAAGAGGGUAGGAUUUGCUUAUCUUCCCAAAAUGUUCAUAUUUGAUUAAAGGGGAGGGGCAGAGGACAAGACUAGAAGUAUAAUAGCUGCUCUAAGUUUACAGAGACACAUAAGUUAUCAUUAGUUUUUAAUAUUGAUGUUCUUUUUUUAAUGUAAGUAAUAGAGCGCCAGGAUUCUUUUAUGGUAAGAAAGAUGGGUUUCUGCUCUGAGUAUCAUAAAAUGUUUUUAAAUGUACUUAAGUCUGUUCAGAUGUGAGAACCAGGACCACCCUGGGUUGGUUUUAAAAAAUGAAUCAUUGGCUCUACUUAAAUUUCAAAGUCUUGCUACUCAAGGGUUUUCAAAAUAAAUGAUGUUUUGAGUUGUGUGCACAAUAAAAACACCCAGUGAAGCAUAAGUGGUAUGUUGGUUUUGCUUUACUGGGAGUGUCAAAUAGCAGUUACGGUCUAGAAACCUAUGGAACAGCCAGCCUCGCGUGUGGUGGGAUUGCUGAUUCAGGCUUCCCUAUUCAACCAUACAAUUUUGUUCAGAGUAAUAAAGCCAUUUUAUAAUACUGCAGUAUCCCUUUUCUACAGCCUUAUUAAAAUAGCUACAAACAUUUUUUUUCUAGUGCAGUAUCCCUUUUAUUGUGUAUGAAAGUUUCACUCUACAGACCAACACACCAACUUGAGGUUAAUUACAUAGCUUUCCAUAUAUCUUUUUUCCUCAGGUGCUAAACAAAGGCUCUAAAAAAUGGAUACUGCUUUGGUAAUGUCUGCUUUAUUCUUAAAUAUUUCUUUUGCUAGAUGUAAAGAUUUGAUGUUAACAAAAAUGGUUUUAAUAUGUAAAUAUGAAUGCCUCUAGAGUUUGCUCCUGUUUGUCUAUUAUUAGUCUGUUUUGUUUAUCCUCUAUGGAGGAGGAUCCUUUCAUGAUCUUGAAUACAUUUCAUUAGGUAUGUUGCAUUUUUAGAAUGAAAAUACAACAGUUUUAUGUCUUGGAUUAAUCCUGCUGCUGCUCUGAGAAACUGAAAAUCAAAUGUGAUGCACUUUUUACAUUACGAUAUACCAUAUCUUUAUAAGUUGCUUUGAUACCUUUCCUGUAGCACAGCCACUAACAAAAGUGAAUGAAUUUUAAAAUUCUCUUUGGGAGGGAAUCAGUACAAAUAACUUUAUGGUAUUGGCCUAUGAAGGACAAUAACUUAGGAAAAUAAAAAUUCUGUUAAUGUUAACACUUUUUGGCCUUAAAAUGUCUUCUACUACUGAAAAGGGUUUAAUUCUGGUUCUGUUUCUAUUAUUUCCUCUCUCUGCUUCAAAAAAGAGGAGUUGGGAAGAAUGGCUUAAAGGGAGUAUAGUAUCAUUGGUUUGUUGUUGAUCUCUCUUUUGGAAAGAAAACAAUUGUCUACUAUAUAAGCUAAGGACUUACUUUUUUGUUCACAUACAGAAGAGAAGUAAUGCUGCCCUAAGCCAAUCAGAUUUAGCUUAAUCAAAUCAAUCUGAACUCCAACUAUUCUGCUUCUCUAGUAUAUUUUUGCUUAGCAAAGAUAAAUGAGUAUAGUAGGAAUGCUACUUGAUGAGAGAAAAGUAAUUUUUCAAGCACAUAUCCAAACUUAAAGGAUAUUAAACCCUAAAUAGGAGGAAAAAAACACCAAAUGGGAUGGAGGAAUAUGAGAAAGAUAUUUGGUCCAAAGCUAUAUGGUUAUAUUUUGAUGUUGCCAAUAUUGCAAAGCCAAAAUUUUAAGUUGCUUAUUUAAUAUGUUUCUUGGCCAGAGAUCUAUUUUUAUAUCAAUGUGCCUUGCAUGUAUAUUAAAAGGAAAAUUGGAAAGGCCAUGUAGUAAUGCCUGAGAUGGUUGAUGGUUCUUGCCACCUCACUAAUUUUUAUGCAGUAUGAAAUGCUCAUUCUAUCGCCCAACUGGUGCUCUCUGUUUAAAGUUAUAGAUCUUGUCACAAACUGGAACUAUUUUAUAAACUGGGGAAGUGAUUUAAUUUAAUUUUUUUUCUUAGUCUGUUAGUGGCUGUUCUGUAGUGGGAAAUAGUAAAGGACUCUUCACUCCCUUACCCUCCCCCCUUAGCACCUUCAAAUAAUGUGAUGACACCAUAUCUUGUGUGUUUUGAAAAAAGUUUCAGCUUGCUGUUUCCUUUAGUGUUAUUUAAAAAAAGUGUUAUUAAAAGCAUUGUUUGCAAAAUUUAGGGAGAUAACAGUCCACUUUAAUUUGGAAUUCUAUGUGAGCUAUGAUCCAAGUUAUUGGCUCUUUCCAACCUAAAAUUUUUUUCACUGUUAAAGCACCUUGCUUAGAAAAAUUUAAAUACUUAACAUGUGCAACAAUUGUCUCAAAGUAACGAACUGUGCAAUUCUUGUCAUUAAAAAAAAAAACUCUCCCUGAUGUGACUUGUUAGUUUCUCUGUAUUUCCUGCCAGUGUAAAUGUGAAAAGCUUUGCUUGCAUUACGUUUUAGAAAUGCAUUUUGCACACUCGAAUUUUGCUGAAGCUCCAUGAAAAGGUUAGAUCAAAGUAGAUGAAUAAAGCUAUGCACAUGUUUUGAAAGUUAA